UGGUGCUGGGCUGCAUGAUCUUCCCGGACGGCUGGGACUCUGAUGAGGUGCGGAGGAUGUGUGGGGAGCGCACGGAUAAGUACAGCCUGGGCGCGUGCUCCGUGCGCUGGGCCUACAUCCUGGCCAUCAUGGGCGUGCUGGACGCCCUCAUCCUGUCCUUCCUGGCCUUCGUGCUGGGCAACCGCCAGGACGGCCUGAUGACCCAGCAGCUGCUGGCCGACUGCAAGGACAGUGGAAACGCCUAAUCCAGGACGUCGUGAUAUUUGUGGCCGCCAGUAGGGGGCAGUGUUGCAUGGUUCAGAGGAUGGCCGUCCCAGCGAUGGAAAAAGAGAAGAGGAGCGAGAGAAGAGGAGGAAGAGGAGGAAGAGAGGAGCAGUGACUUCAGCAGAGGCCCACAGAACUCUCUCAACCAAAUGUAAAGAGACCCCAUUAUCUUCCAGAACCUUCUCAGCAGCCAUUACCUCAUAUACACACACACACACACACACACACACACACACAGGUAACCUUUUAUCAAAUAAAACCCAGACGGGGAAAAAAAAACUAAAAAAAGAAAAAACAUUUAGCCACAGGCAUAUCUAUAACUUGUAUUUCUGAAAACUCACCUGCGGUCUAAUAGUUAGUCAAGCACAAAAUGUGUAUUUCCUUUAUAAAGCCAGAGUGUGUUAAUGCGUUUGAAUCAGCCCCAGUGUGGCAGUAUUUUAGGAGGGGCGGGGGGGGGUUGA